AACAUGGCGCCGUGUGUUCCGCCGGAAACGAAUGGUGUCGCCAUGUUGGUGGAGGCGGAGGAAGCGUGAAAGAAAAAGAAGAAAAAAAGAAGGUGAAUAUUCGGAUGUGAAGAUGGAGUUUCCGGGAGGCAGUGACAGUUACCUGACCAUCACUGGAUCUGGGCACCCCUUCCUGACUGGGACAGAGACAUUUCACACACCUAGCUUGGGUGAUGAAGAGUUUGAAAUCCCACCCAUUACUCUAGAUUCUGAUCCUUCUCUGGCUGUCUCUGAUGUUGUUGGGCAUUUUGAUGACCUUGGAGAUCCUUCAGUUCAGGAUAGUAGCUUUGCUGCACAAUAUGGGGUACAGACUCUGGACAUGCCAGUGGAGAUGACCCACGAGGUGAUGGAGCAGGCAGGAGGGCUGCUUGGAGCUGGACUUGCCAUGGAUCUGGAUCACCCAAUUGUCACCACGUACAGUGCCAACCCCCCAGUUACCAUUGAUGUGUCGAUGACAGACAUUUCCUCUGGUCUCCUGUCUCAUAGUCAGCUUACUACCAUUGAUCAGUCAGAGCUCAGCUCUCAACUCGGUCUCAGUCUUGGUGGGGGGACCAUCCUGCCCCCUGUCCAGUCUCCUGAGGAUCACCUCUCUCCCACCCCUUCACCAAACAGCUCUUUACAUGAUGAGGACAUGGAAGACUUCAGAAGGAUUACAGCACCCAAGAAUAUUAUUGUAGAGCAGACAAAAAAGCAAAAAACCCCAAAAGGCAAGAAAAAGAAGAAAGAUCCUAAUGAACCUCAAAAACCUCUCUCUGCAUAUGCCCUUUUUUUCCGUGACACCCAGGCUGCCAUUAAGGGUCAGAACCCCAAUGCCACCUUUGGUGAAGUGUCCAAAAUUGUGGCUUCUAUGUGGGACAGUCUUGGAGAGGAGCAGAAACAGGUUUACAAGAGAAAAACGGAAGCAGCUAAAAAAGAAUAUCUAAAGGCAUUGGCACUUUACAAAGAAAACCAGAUGUCACAGGUUGUUGUUGACACAGUGGAGUUAGACCCUCCAGUUGCACAAGGCAUGCUAUCGGAAUCCCCAGUACAUUCCCCGUCUGUAGUGACUGUCUCCAGCAUCCAACAGUGCAUGUCUUCUCCAGCAUCUACCCAAUCACCUGCUCCUACCAUUCCUCCUGCAGCCACUCCGUCCCCUCAAGCAUCUACCAUCACUCAACCAACAAUCGCAAAAAUAAUAAUAUCCAAGCAGAUGCUUCAAGCCGGACAAAUUCCCACCUCUAUUGCCAUGUCUCAGGGAAUGGUAACGGUCAUCCCGGCUACUGUGGUUACGUCUCGUGGACUUCCUUUACACCAGCUACAACCCAGUCCACAAGCCCAGAGGGUAACACGCUCAGUAUUGCAGGCAGCAAUGCAGCUACCCCCACGUCUACACCCACCACCAUUGCAGCAAAUGCAGCAACCUCCACGGCUCCAGCAUAUGGCUCCUGCACAACAACCUUCAAUUACCAUCUUGCAGUCACCACCUCCUCUGCAACCCAUGCAAAAAGUGCGACAUCAGCCUCCUCCUCUACAGAUAAAGAUUAUUCCCCCUCCUUUGCAGCCCCAACCACAGGCUGUUCAGGUUCAGGAGCAAAGCAUACCAGUUAUCAGUGUGCCUCAUUCUCCUGAUGCCCCCACCUCACCCCCUGAACAAGUGGAGCUUGUGUCAGAGGUAGUGCAAGAAGAAUCUCCACUAACUCAAAUGGAUGUGGAGCUGGUGAGUGGCUCUCCUCCCCGCAGCCCUUCCCCUCAGCCACGAUGUGUCCGAUCAGGUUGUGAAAAUCUUCCAGUGGAAAGUAAAGAUUGGGACAAUGAGUAUUGUAGCAGCGAGUGUGUAGUCAAACAUUGCAAAGACACCUUCAUGACUUGGAUUGCUGCUCGUAGCCAAGGUACACUGGCAUCUGUAAAAUAACCCAAGCUUCAGUGGACCCCCAGGAAAAAGACCCAUUAUUUUCAUGGACAAUAGAAAUCUGGAAGAUUUUAACAACUGCUCUGUACAUAUAACUAUAUGUAAAGAAUGGACAAGGCGGCUGGGUUGGGAAAGAGGUCUAUUCCCUCUAAAUGGGGCUGGUUGUAAAUUAAAAUAUAAGUAAUCGGUGGCUCCACUGAUGGCAUUUUCAUUGUGUGCUGGAAGACUUUUUGUUUUCCCCCAUUACAUAGACAAUGUAUGCCAGUACAAGUUUGUGCACCCAAGGGUGGCAGAGUAUAGAAAGGUUUGCAUCUUUGUUUUUGUUGUUCUAAAGACAUCAUUUUUAAUUUGUGCACAAUUCAAAAGCGCUUUUCAACUGUACAAAUCUGUUGGUACCUACCUAUUGGUCAGUUCCACUUUAGGAGCAUUUUUCUUUAGGGGGGAUGGAUCCAGAUGACUCAUUUAAAUUGGGUGAUUUAGAUCUUAUAUGCAGAUAUGAUGGGAGUAUUUAAUAAUGCCACAAAAUGUGAGGUUCCCUAUUCUUAGUAGAACAUUUUGUUUUUAAGCUACCCAAGACAAAUUAAUCUCAAUAAACAUAUUUAUACAGUUUUGAUGAAUAGUCGUGUGUCCGAGAUGUCCUGGGCCUGAAGUAGAGAUUUGUUUUGUAAAUUUUAUUUUAAAUCCUAGAAUGGAUAUAUUUACGUAUUGAUCAACAGCUCCCAAUACAUCAGAAAUUACAAUUUCUUCCAUGUUAAACCUUAUACAAAUUAUAGUCCUCUAGGGAAUUGCACCUUUAUUAUAAGUAAUAAUUACUUCUGGGUGUUGUCCCACCACUGUGCAAGGGCUUACUAACCAGUUCUUUGCCAGAGAACUCAUUGUUUUAGGUGCCUCUGGCAUCACAUCGGUUAAAGUAUUACUGAAGUGUUUACAAUGUUAUACUUUAUAAUAACUAAUAAAGGGUACAUAAAUUAAGUGACUGUUACCAGCUGAACACAGCACUGUCUUGAAUACAAUUUUUCCUUUACAAGGCAGCAUCUGGAGAUUCUUCCUCUGUGUGAGAUAGACAACAUUCAUUUUGAUGUACUUUCCCAGGCCUGGCUGGCUUUGUGAUCAUAAAUAAAAGCCAAAUUUUAGAACA